AUGACUUCUCGCAUGAAUAAAGCCCUCAAGGUUCAGCCGGAUACUCCUCCUCAACGUGCGCCACAGGCCUCGCAGCAGCUCGAGCAGGUCCAGCAGCAGCAGCAGCAUGUCCAGCAGCAGCAUGUCCAGCAGCAGCAUGUCCAGCAGCAGCAUGUCCAGCAGCAGCAUGUCCAGCAGCAGCAUGUCCAGCAGCAGCAUGUCCAGCAGCAGCAUGUCCAGCAGCAGCAUGUCCAGCAGCAGCAUGUCCAGCAGCAGCAGGUUCAGCAGCAGGUUCAGCAGCAGGUCCAGCAGCAAUGGCUCUUGGAUCGCCAGGCGCAAGAGCAUGGCCGUGCCUCGGCGCAGGCUAGGGCGUUAAAGCGACAGAGACGUGCCGAGGCGGUCCGCCAGGCCAAUACGUCAGCAAUUGCCGAAGCCAGGCGCCUUUCGCCGGCUCAAGUACACAAGCGGUACUUGAGGCAGGCGGGCGGACCAACUCCCGAUAAGGAGUGCCUCGGGCCGGCUCAGUCGGUCCAACGCCCUCCCUCUCCCCCCCCUUCUUCCACUCGUCGCCAAGAUGCCCGCCCAAGGCUCUCCCGUCCUCCGCCCCCGUUCUUUGUUGGCGAGGGUGGUGAUGUGCUCUUGAAGAAAUUUCGAGAGCGUCAUCCCGACUGGGAGAGUAGUGGUGAGGGCAUGGCGGCGACGAGAGGGAAGAGGCGACGCGAGGAGGAGCCUGUAGAGGGAGUUGAGGUGGACGAGCGAUCGUCUACCAAGAGACUCAAGGUGGGUGGAGCGGAUCUGUCCGGUAACUUCGGUUCGCGGUUGUGGGCCGGUGCCGGUCUGACUUUUGCUGCCCGGGGGGCUGGCCUCAUUUGA